AUGUAUUUCGGUUCAGGUGACAUGAUCACAUGUCCUGGGACGUCCGUCUUCGUGAUCAUCACUAAGCAGAUUGUCACAGAGAACCAGGUGCAAGGCUUCUGCCCUGAGAGCGAAGUGAAGUACAGCUGUGUGUCUGACAGUGACUGCCAGAGACCCGUCCCUACCACAGGAGGCGGAAUCCUGACUGGCCGGUGUGUGAACUACAACAGGAGCCUGCGGACCUGUGAGAUCCAGGGCUGGUGCCCGGCUGAGGUGGACACCGUCCAGGCGCCCAUCAUGCUGGAGGCAGAGAAUUUCACCCUCUUCAUUAAGAACAGCAUCCGCUUCCCACUCUUUGACUUUGAGAAGGGUAACCUGCUGCCCAACCUCACGGCCCAGGACAUCCGGACGUGCCGCUUCCACCCAGUCACCCAGCCCUUCUGCCCCAUCUUGCGUCUGGGCGACAUCGUCCGCUUUGCCGGCCAGGAUUUUUCCAAGCUGGCCUCCACGGGAGGAAUUCUGGGGAUCAAGAUUGGGUGGGUGUGUGACCUGGAUCGCUCGUGGGAGCACUGCGUGCCCAGCUACACCUUCACCCGCCUCGACAGCGUCUCCGAGAAGAACAACGUCUCUCCCGGCUACAACUUCAGGUAUGCCAAGUACUACAGGCGGGAGAACGGCACUGAGUACCGGACCCUGAUGAAGGCUUUUGGCAUCCGUUUCGAUGUGCUGGUCUACGGGAACGCUGGGAAAUUCAACAUCAUCCCAACCCUGAUCAACACCGUGGCAGCCUUCACCUCCGUCGGGGUGGGCACUGUGCUGUGUGACAUCAUCCUCCUCAACUUCCUGAAAGGCGCAGAGCAGUACAAGGCAAAGAAGUUCGAAGAGGUGACGGAGGUGACCCUGCGCCACAGCCCCGUGUACAGGAGCAGCCAGAUGCUGGGAGGCCGGAACGACGAGAAGCAAUCCACCGACUCGGGGGCCUACUCCAUCGGCCUCUAGUGCCCCUGCCCCUGGCGACCGGACAGUUUCCUACCCGCCCUCUGCUGCCGCGGGCACCUCGCCCCUGCUCAUAGGCAAGGGCAUCUUUUGUACACUCCCCUCCUGCGAGCCUCUGCUUCUUCCAUCUUCCUCAUCACCGGCCAGAGUCCUCCUCAUGGGCCCCCACGCCAAGGGGGCGGAAAUCUCUCCUCCGGCACAUCCUCAUGAAAGCACUGCCAUCUCCCUCAGGAAGCAUGUACCAUUCCCUCCCCAUCAAACCUGGGCAGUGCCACGGAGCAGGCACGGCAGACAGGGGCCAGCUUGGCUGCUGCUGGCACCGGCGCCACUCAAUUACCAGCAUACCUGGCGCUGUACAAGAAAUGGGCAGCACUCCUCACCCUGGGGAGCGUGUGCUCCUCAGCAGGGGGCGCUCUCUCUGGGUUUGGCUGGGUGCUGAGAGCUUGGGAGGGCGCCCUUGGGACUGAGAGGUGGAUGGGAUUGGUUCCCUUGUCCCAGCAGAGGGUGCUCUCUCCAGCUCAGGUGCUCUCUCCAGCACUGAGAGAGGCACCCCAAUGGUAGGAGUGUGGGGUCUCCUUUCGCUAGCGGGGGGGGGGUGCUCUCCCCACCUUUGCCCCUAUUUCCAUCUUGGCAGAUUCCCAGAUUCCGGAGUAGGGAGUAGGAAGCAGUCCUGGGCGGGACGGGGCAUCCGGGCCCAGGGACGUGCUAUUCCCCCCCCCUCCAGUGCUGACUCCAUUCUCCCACGCCAGGGCUUUUUAAUCAAUAAAACUCACUUUCUCGUCAGUGUCCCUCGGGGCUGUGCUGGGGCAGGCGCGCAGGUUGGGGCUCUCUCCAGGGCUUGCAGGGGGACACGGAGGUGGCAGGCGCACGUAACCGGUGCUUCCUGCUCUGUUACCAUCACCACCGAUCAGCGCUGGAUUGGCCAGAGCCGGGGCUCGUCUGUUCAUGCCCAGCUAGGGAGAUUGCUGAGAUUUCAGCACCAAGACCCCCCCUUGCUUGGGGAAGGGGUCGUACGGCUGCUUAGCAGAAACACCUUAGCCCGUGUUGGGCUGGGGCUCUCCUUGGGAUGUAGCCUCAGCUUCUGAGCCCUCAGUUACAGCAGCAGUUGUACCAGUCCUGGCAUGAGCCCCACCUGUGUGGACCUGGUUAGUGUCACUGGUCAGGGCAACCGCACCUGUAUUUCCCCUCCUUAGUCCAGCCAGGCCACCACCUGAAGGCUUCUAGCUCCGGGGCCGUCCCUACCCAUACGCAAAGUACGCAGCUGCGUAGGGCA